GGAUGAGCUUGGUGGUAAAGGUGGCCCUACUCUUCUUCAUUUUGCAUGGCUGCAGCUUCAUCAAUGCAGACACAGAUCCAUCCGACGGUUCUGCCCUGAGAGUAAUGUAUAGCUCCCUAAAUUCACCGGGGCAGCUUACAAAAUGGAGCUCAUCAGAUGGUGGUGAUCCUUGUGGAGAAUCCUGGAAAGGCAUUACUUGCUCGGGCAAUAGAGUAACUGAAAUCCAGAUAUCCGGUUUAGGACUAUCCGGAUCAAUGGGAUACCAACUAAUGAGUUUAACAUCUGUAACCAACUUUGACAUAAGCAACAAUAAUCUCGGAAAUCAGAUACCUUACCAGCUUCCUCCAAAUGUAAAGAGACUUAACCUUGCUGGUAAUGGUUUUACCGGUGUCCUACCUUAUUCCGUUUCACAAAUAACUUCCCUUCAAUACUUAAAUGUCAGUCAUAAUCAAAUUCAAGGAGAACUAAAUGACAUGUUUGGAUCACUUUCUUCUCUCAACACAUUAGAUAUCUCUUUCAAUUCAAUGACCGGUAAACUUCCUCAAAGCUUUAAGUCACUGACUAGCAUGAAGAAAAUCUACCUGCAGAACAACCAGUUCACUGGAAACAUUGAUGUCCUCGCCAAUCUUCCUCUUGACAAUCUGAAUAUUGAAAACAAUCAGUUUACUGGUGGGAUUCCAGAGAAGUUUAAAGGGAUAAUGCAAAAAUCUAACAGUAACACAGGGAGCUCAGGGCCUGCAGUCCCUGCGAACAAGUCCACUCAAAGUCACAAAUCAGGAGGCAAUGGCAAUUCUUCCAGCGGUGGAGGUAAAAGUGAUAGUGGUGAGAAAUCUGGUAUCGGUGGUGGAGGCGUUGCAGGCAUAGUGAUAUCAGUUUCAGUGGUUGGAGCAGUUGCAGUAAUCUAUAUUAUCAAGAAAAGACGCAGGAAGUCUUCAACAGACAUAGAAAAACUUGACGUUCAGCCAUUUGUUCCUGAGUCACAUGAAGUACAAGAUACGAAACUCAGUCAAGCUCCGUCCACAGUAAGCAUGGAAGCUACUGAAACUCCCACUGUAGUAUCUCUAAGACCUCCACCUAUUACUACUCAUAAAUCCAUUGGUGGAGAUGACAUUUCAGAAAAACUCAUUGUUCCACAGAAGAAAACUCAUACAGCUGAAAGAAAAGUUGUGCAAUUUUCAAUUGAAGACGUACAGAUAGCUACUGACAGCUUCAGUGUAGAAAACCUUAUUGGUGACGGAUCUAUUGGAAGUGUAUAUCGAGCUCACUUUGACAAUGGCAAAGUUCUUGCUGUCAAGAAACUUUAUUCAUCUGAGCUCCGGAAUCCUGAAGAUUUUCUAAAGAUGAUUCCUGAAAUAUCCCAGCUGGAUCAUCCAAAUGUAACAGACCUAAUUGGUUAUUGCUCAGAAGAUGAGCAGCACCUGCUAGUUUAUGAAUUCCACAGAAAUGGUUCUCUGCAUGAUUUCCUGCAUCGAAUGGAUGAAGACAACUCGCGACUAACAUGGGAUAGCAGAGUUCAGAUUGCACUUGGCACAGCUAGAGCACUAGAGUAUCUACAUGAAGCUUGUUCUCCAUCUUUAGUUCAUAAAAAUAUAAAAUCUGAAAAUAUUUUACUUGAUGCUGAUCUCAAUCCUCAUCUAUCAGACAGUGGGUUAGCAAACCUUAUGGCUGAUGCAGAUCAGGGAUUGAACCAUAAUAUAGAGUCUGGAUAUGGCGCACCGGAGGCUGCUAUAUCUGGGAAGUGUACCACCAAGAGUGAUGUAUACAGCUUUGGAGUUGUUAUGUUGGAACUUUGUACUGGUCGAAAACCUUUCGAUAGCUCAAGACGAAGAUCUGAACAGUCUUUAGUUAGAUGGGCAACCCCUCAGCUUCAUGAUAUUGAUGCCCUGGAAAAGAUGGUUGAUCCAGCUCUCUCUGGAUUAUAUUCUGUCAAAUCUCUUUCCCGGUUUGCUGAUGUUAUUGCUCUCUGUGUUCAGCUUGAGCCUGAGUUCCGGCCACCUAUGUCUGAAGUGGUUCAAGCAUUAGUCCGGCUAGUGCAACGAGCAAAUAUGAGCAAGAGGUUACACAAUAAUGAUCAGGACUGAAGAGAUAUGUUCAAGACCUGCUGAUUGUUACAACAAAUGGUUCUCUUAAACUGUUUGCUACUAUAGGAGAUCAUCUGAUCCUGAUCAGCCCAGCAAUAUCUUCUUCGGUGCAGUCGUAUUUGAUUAAAUACCCUAUGCUAAAAUAUCGUUCACAAUAUAUAUA